UGAUAGUUAUUAACCAAAUCAAAAGUUCCAUUCCGCCUAUACACGGGCACCGUCCCUCCGAAGCAUCCCAGCCAUCUCCCCAUCGUUCAUUUCUCGACUUUCAACCACCCGCCCAUCUUACAUCAUCCUUCUUCCUUCCCGCUCCCCGGCCGUCACCCGCCAUGUCCACAUUACCCCGCCCUUCAGCCACCAUAUCGUCCCGGAACAACCCUCCCUCAAGCGACACCAUAGUGGCGUCCUCCCCCUUGGCUGCGGUUGCCCCGGAUAGGAGAUUGCGGUUCCAUUCGGCUGAGGGCCUAGGGCCAAUGAAAAGGCGCAAGAUCUCUCCAGAGAUGUUUGAGCCGGCUGCGACUGGCCAGACACAGAGUCCAGUCGCCGGACGCCGUCUUAACCAACAACCACCCCCACAAGCUGCUUGUAUACCAAUCGCAGCCCUUCUCUAUCACUCUGCCCAAGUCGCCCAUCAGACAUCUCAUGUCCACCUUCAGCAGGCAUUCGUACCUACCGAGAUAUCAACCGAUCGUACAUCAGGCUACUCCAUCAUCAAGCUUUACUCUUAUUCUUCGACCCCACAGAGCUCGCAAUCAAAUCGCUUCAGCCAUGACCCUCAGGCAUUUGCCAAAGCUCUCGGUCUUCAGCUCUACGCACUUGAUCUGCUUCGAGCGGGGCUGAACAUUAACAGUCUUUCCGAUAAGGAAAGGGUGGCGUUCAGCCUCGAGUUUGGUGUCGUCGGCAUAAAAGUGUACAUGGCGCAGCAGAUCCUGCAAAGCAAGAGUAAAGGCAAAGAAAAAAUUCAAGGCGUUCAGGUGGACUGUCAGCGGUUAAUGGAUGACAUGCAGGAUAUCGUGGGACAAGCUUUCUUCAUAGCCCAGCGGCAGUCAUCAUUGACACCUAUGAGACUUGAAUUAGAGCUCAUCAACGCUCGGCUAGCAUUUAUGCAGAAAAAGUUCAAUUUGGGGAAAAAAUUGGUACAGACAGCUUUGGCGGCAAGCAGGGAUAAUGCCGUGCACCGGUAUUCGCUAUGCCUUUUAUACUUGGAGUACGUUGAGAGCACAGGGCCAGCAGAUUUCCUGAAUAUCGCAACUGAAUUCCUCAAUGAAGCUCGCAAAAAUAACCAUCAGAUGAUUGUUCAGCUCGCUUUGCUCAUCAAGGCUCGCAUAACCUUUGUCCACCGACGAUGGGAACUCGUUCCUACUGCGCUCGCAGAGUUUGCCUCGUCUAUUGGUUGGUCUGACAGUAACCCACCUACGGACUUGCUUUCAGGUCAAAAGGAGGAACGAACCUGGCUUGCUUGUUUGAAUAUUCAUUAUCUGAUACUCAGGGCGCUAUGGGAAGGUAGGAUAGGGAACGACAGCGUGGCAAAGGAGAUUAUGAAACGAGCGUAUGCGUUGAUGGACGAGACUGCCGACAAAAAAGUGUUUAGUGAAUUGCGGGCCAAUGGGGGCGUCAUCACACUGCAUAUACCGAAUAGCCGUCCUCUUCAAGUACAAACGACACCUCCCAAUAUCCUUUAUAUGCUCACUUAUCUGACAACCGUCGUCGGCCGAAGAGAUUUCACGGGUUCUAAUGCGACAUGUAAGAGUAUUGUACACCCAAGAGUCUUGAGAGAGACAGAGGGUGUUGCGAGGACAGAAGACAUGUGGGACAGUGGAUUCUCGAGCGUCCAUGGUCUGGCACAAGCCAUGGCCUUGAGGAAGCAAGUAAUAAGCAUCAAAGGAGAAGUCAUGAUCGAGCAAGCUACAGCUAUGAUAUACCGCAGCUGCUUUGCCGAAGGACGUCAACUGUUGUAUGAGACUGUAGAACAGCUUCAUGACCACAACCUUUUCCAUCCUCUCUCACCCCAUCUAUGUCUCACCUUUGCCCAGCAUGCCCAUCAUCUCGGGCUCACCUCCUCUGCUAUACGGUAUUACAAAGCUUGCAGAGAUCUCAUCAAUUCCGGAAGCGAGCUCAGCUUGAUCGCGCAAGUUGGUUUGCUGGCAGUACAGAAUAAACUGGAGGGCUUGGAGAAGAAUGCGGAAGGGCAAGACGAGGUGAAUGCAUUGGCAGAAAAAUGUAAGGGAAGUAGUAGCGCAAUGUUCAGUGCUGCUGGAUAUUUUCUUGCGAGCUUGACGGAUGAUAACCGUGUAAACUCAAAGAAAAAGCUAUCUACAGCGUACGAAAUCAGUCAAAGGUCAAAUAAUAACAUUUUGCGCCUUCUCAUUUUUGCCUUUACGACAAGUACACACCAUUACGGAGGGCGCGAGCGUAUGCUUAGGCAGUUGGAGACUGGAAGAGAUAUAUCAAAAAUGCUUGGUGGGAAGGAUAGAGACGACGGGGUCGGGCAGGUCGUGUUGGGCAUGUGGUUUGCGAGACGGCUCAAGGAAUUCUACAGGCAAGAAGGUUACCAGACAGGCGUACAGGUAGCAAAGGAAAGCGAAAAGUCGCACUUUGCGCGCCUCAACGAUCUUAUGCGAGAGGCAGAAAAAGUCGCCAAGGGGGGUUAAGAGUUGAAGCGUUUGCGAUGGACAUCUUGGGCUUUUUGCGAGACACAUUACCUUGUAUCCGUUUAGUGUAAUGAUUAAUAUAGCAUGGCA